GGAUAGCACAGAAAUUUUCGUCCUUCAUUUACGUACGUGGGUACAUAUUCGAGUUAUUCCAAGAGUUACGAUUUUGUCGCUACCACGAUAUAAGUUUUGACGAUAUAACAAUUAAGUGUGACUUUUACAGAGCCCCUUCGUAACAGUCAACGACCAUGACAGACUCCCAUGCCGACAACAACACUUGCGUAGUGUGUUUCAAGAAUGUCUUGUACUACUCGAUUGGCGAGUGCGACCACCCCGUAUGUUUCGAGUGUUCCACUCGUAUGCGAGUGCUGUGUUUGCAGAACGAAUGUCCCAUCUGUCGGCAAGACCUGGCGAGGGUCGUGUUUACGGACACCGUCCUGCCUUACAAAGAAUUGCGCACUCGUGUUUUUACGGACCGGUUGUUUGAAAGGCAGUUUAAGAUAGCAUUCUGUAGUCAGGAGAUAAAGAAUGCCUAUGAGGAACUCUUGGAGAACCGUUGCCGGCUCUGCAGCAAGCUGGCGCCGUUCAGGACCUUCACUAUGCUCAGUGACCACAUGCGGAAGGUCCAUGAGAGAUAUUUCUGUGAUCUUUGUGUUAAACACCUGAAGAUAUUUACAAAUGAGCGGAAAUGCUACACGCGGCAGGAGCUCGCUCACCACAGACGAAAAGGAGAUCUUGAUGACACCUCUCACAGAGGCCACCCUCUCUGCGAGUUCUGCGAGGAGCGCUUCAUGGACGCAGACGAGCUAUACCGGCACCUCCGCAAGGAGCACUUAUUCUGCCACCUCUGCGACGCCGACGGCAAGAACCUGUACUAUGCGUCUCAUGUGGCGCUGGCCCAUCACUUCCGGACGGACCACUAUCUGUGCGAGGAGGGCGAGUGUGCUGGACAGCAUCUUACCGCUGUGUUCCGGAGCGAGAUUGAUCUUAAAGCUCACAAGGCGACGGUGCACGGGCGGAACAUGCCGCGCGGCGCGGCGCGACAAGCGCGGACGUUGGAGCUGCAGUUCAACAUCACGCCGCACCCGCAGGCCCAGCGGGCUCCUAGGGACCGCGAGCGCGAAAUGGAGCGCUCUAUAAGCCCUCCGCCGCCUGUGCAGCAGGCGCCGCGCAUCGACACCCGCAGCGACGAGCAGUUCCCGCGCUUGUCGGCGGCGCCGCAGACGCCUAACCUCGUGCUCGGCGCCGGACAUAAGGCAUACAAAGGAGGCGACGGGCUGGCCCGCACCGACCGCAACUUCCCGGCGCUCGGGCCCGACGGCGGCCCCGCGCCCGCGCCCGCGCCCGCCGCCUCCGCGCAGCGCGCGCCGCCGGUCGCCGCCACCAUACUGCGGAACUCAAAACCCAGUAUGUCAAUCCAGCUGCACAGCCAGCCGACCUCCGCGAGCAACUUCCGGCUGACGCAGGCCUCCGGCAACCGCGUGUCCAUCCCGGCGCGGCGGCCGCUGUCGGACGACGACUUCCCCACGCUCCCCCCCGGCGCGCGCGACGACCACCCCAGCGUGGGCGCCGCCACCCACCAGCCGCCCAAGGUCGCCAUGAUCAACAGCCAAGAGAUGGAAGCUCUAAAGAAAAACACGUCCAACUCUCAACCAAAGAAGGCACCUCUCAGCAGCGAGGCCUUCCCCGCGCUGUCGGGCGGAGGCGCGCCCUCCGCGCCGCCACAGUGGAUCACCAAAUCCAAGCAGAAGGAGAAACCCAAGCCCAGGGUCGAGCCAGCCCCGCCCAGGGAGCCUGUCUUCAAUCCUGUCGCGGACUUCCCCGGCCUCCCCGUCAACACUAAACAGAAGGCUAAGAAAAUGCAGCAGCUGACGCAGCCGCAAGCCAGACCGCAACCCCAACCCCAGCCUAAGCCGCAACCGGUCCAAAAUCCUACCAUAAACUCGGACGCCAAACUCACCAAGAAGGAGAAGAAGAAGCAGAACAGCGCGAGAAAGGAAAACGUCUACGAUAUAGACUUGACCCUCGUCAACGGAAUAGAGGAUCUGAAAUAUAUGGAUCCGAGCACGCUGGCGGCCUCGGCCAACACGCCCACUCAACACCGGAACAUCAAAACCAUAGACACGGUCACCGUCAACGAGAAAGAACGCAACGGGGGGAACGGAGAUUUCUCCCUAGCGGCCAAGGAGUUCCCGUCGCUCUCGAAGUCUAACAACGUAGUGCCCGUUAAUAACUUCGCGUUGCCCAUGAAAACUGUCCUGCAGCAGACUAAAAAGAAGGUGCCGAACGGCGUCCCGCCCGGCUUUAAAGCUAGGCCGGCCUGCGACGGGAUGACGUUUACGAACUCCUCGGGACAGACGUUCAACGCGCCCGUGCACUCGUACAUCCCGCCGCUGAACUUCGAGAACAGGAACCGCGCACUCGUGAACAAGUUCGCAGCCGCGCUCGGCAGCGCGGAGGCGAUGGAGGACUUCAAGGUGGCCUCGCGCGCCUUCCGGGACAGCCUCAUCGGGGCCGACGAGUUCUACGCGCACUGCGAGGCCGCGCUCGGGCCGCAGAUGGAGGCGUUGUUCGCGGAGCUGGUGGCGCUGCUGCCGGACAUCGGCAAGCAGCAGGAGCUGGUGGUGGGGCGCAACGUGGCGCUGGACACGUGCGUGGCGUGCGGCCAGCUGCUGGCGGCCGUGGACCGCGCCGCGCACGACGCCAAGCACUGGCCGCCGCUCGGCCGCUAGCUUCCUCGCCGCUCACCGGACGACCCGACACCGAGUGUGACCGAACUGAUAAACGCUAAUACUUUGGAUCCGUUCAAAUUCACCGAGGGCUUCCACCGUGACUGUAGAUAUCGUUUAGAGAUACCUCGUUUUACGCUCCCAUAGCGGCUGAGGCGUCUCCUGAGAUUGAACUAAAGUGAGAUCUCAGCUGAGCGGUCAGUUUAUAAUACUUGUACCUUGGUGUCAUGAAAAAUUAACCGCAUCGAUGCAUGUUUACAAAAGUGUAUCCAACACUUUGAGAGCUAAUUAAUAAUUUUGUGAAUGUUCUAAUGUAUCUGUAGUAGACCUUUUAUAAUUUUGAGCGGUAUUGGUGUCGAGAUGAAUGAUAAUAAGAUAUAAUAUAUUAUCACUGAGUGUGACUCUUGUAAAAUAGCUAGCUACUGAAACUCUGUAGUGGUACUGUUAAGGUAAACGUGUAAUAAAUGUGAUAUCUUCGACAUAAAUACUGUAGUUGUACUUGCGGGUCUUGUUGCUUUUUAAUACGCGAGCUUAUGUACAUAGUGUAAGACGAUGUUUGGGCGUAUAUCAAAUUCACUCGAUAAAAACCGUAGUUUUACGUUGUUCCUACAUUGUUUACAGAAAAAAUCUUUGUUACAAUUAUUCUCUAGAAAUCAUUCGAAAUUAAUCAAGGUAACACGAGGCAUACAUCAGUUAAAAAAUAAUUUAAAUGUUGUCUACCGAGGCCAUUUUGUAUGCUGUUAAUUUAAUGGGUACAUAAACAUAUGAUGUUUAGCUUUAAGUCGCAUAAUGGACGUAAUAUUGUAGAUUGAUGUUAAUGAAACAUUUCAGUUUGCUCCGUCACAUUAAAAGCUACAAAUUUUUGAGUGGUCCUGGUUGGUCUAAAUUUAGCUCAAGCUGUUUUUAUAUUGCUUCAAAAUUCUAAUUUAGGGUGCUCUAAUGCUAAGUUUUAAAUAUUUGACGAAUGAUUUAUGGUCUCAAAUAGAUAAACAUCU